UUGUUAUCAAUCUCAAGCAGAUUGUAUUGUCUUUUUCUUGUGGAGCUCAGGUACAGGAUGCCUCGCGGCUGGAGACUUGACGAGAUAGCAAAGCAACAGCAGCGUAUGUUUACAAACAAUCGCGUGGUUAGUUAAUUUACAGCGGUAAAAGGCACUCUUACUAUUUAACUGUAAGCUGAUAGUCUAAUUGUGGUGUCAUAUACCAACCUAAUUGGCAACUCAACCCUAAACAGAGCUGAAGUUGACAAGAGGCAUAUUGAUCAAACUCACUGCACUACAGGAAAAUUAAUCCGUGAAUUGCUCUUGACCUGGGAAAAGGAACUGGGGAUCUGAGAACUGGUAUCCUUUAAAGGCUUCCUCUGUGUUGAAACGUUUAGGAUAAUGCUACUGAUGUAGGGCCUGUGUACAAUUCCUCGGACGAUGUGAUUAUCGAUACUGGCUUGUGUUCUGACAGUUACGCACGGGUAGGCAUCGAAGUAAAUCCCUAAAUGCAAGAUUCAAAGAUGAUGUACCGUGUUUGCCUUAUCCUUAGCAUGCUGUGGACUACAGUGGCUGUGGAUGCUUUUGACCUCGCGCCACCUGGCAAAUUGGUUGGUUAUGUAACUGGCGAUACAAGAGUUAAGUUGGCUUGGGAAGUAACAUCUCCAUCAAAUAACACUGUAUUUGAAGUAAGAUGGGGGACGAAUUCCGACGAGUCAUCCAUGCUUGUCUCUGGUACUACAAACACUGUUAUUGUGCGUGGUCUUCGAGUACACACACAGUAUUACUUUCGUGUACGGAAAGGCUUGGUGAAUGGUACUUGGGGAGGAUUCACAAAAUAUACUCAAGUCUGGACGCCUGAAGGAGUUCCUACAGCUCCUCCUGCAAACGUGACAGCCUACAACACAAGCUCUGUUGGCAUCAUUGUAUUCUGGGGGCAGAUCCCAAAAUCCCACCGAAAUGGCUAUGUUCUUGGUUAUAAAGUUUGCUACAAACGCGCCGAUAGUAACACAAGCGUUUUAUACUGUACAGCGGUAUUUGCUUUAGGACUAGAGCUGGGUGGCUUGCAGUCAUACACUCCCUAUUGGAUCACAGUACUAGGAUACACUAAUAAGGGAGAGGGACCCACCAGUCAACCACUGCUAGUUUGGACUGAUGAAUUUGUUCCUUCAGUCGCUCCUAAAAUAAUAUCCUUGAGGACUAACUCUACUGCAAUCAGGGUAGCCUGGGAACCGAUACCUAAAGAAUACGUCAAUGGAGUGCUCCGAGGCUAUUACGUCAUUUACUGGAGGAUGCCUCGUGUGUCCCAAGACAACCACGUAAUUCAAGUGAACCAAUCCACGCUAAGUGUGGUCAUAGUAGGGCUCAAAAGGAACACUUCUUACGGGGUGCAACUGACGGGGCUGACUCGCGUCAGAGGCUAUAUAAGGAAUGGCGUCCUUAGUCGAACACGAAAAGUCACUACCAAAUAUGGUUCGAAGGCUCCAAAAAACUUACGCGUUUUCAGUCCUUGUUCCACUUGCUUGACGGUGACCUGGGACCCAGUUUACAUCUCCCCUCCAGCUACCCUAAAAGGAUAUCAUGUGACCUAUAGGGGCACUUCCAGAAAGGUUCACACGAAAAAGACAGGAGCUAGAAAAUCUAUCGCACAAUUAAAAAAUCUCAAAAAAUUCUCUACUUAUACCGUGACGGUAACAGCCAAGACAGACGAAGGACUGGGGGAUACAAGUGCAUCAGUUACCGUUGCCACAAUGGAAGAUGUUCCAAGCCGCUCUCCGGACUCUCUGCGGGUGCGGAGCACUGGGGCACACAGUAUCUUGAUCGAGUGGAGCCCAGUCCCAGAGCAGUACAUACACGGCAUUUUGCGAGGCUAUCACGUGUAUUACAGAGCGGGUCGACCCAUGAUAAAACGUUCAGUCAGUCAAAUGGGAGUGAUAAAAGCCGUUUCAGUCAACAAGUCAAUUCAAAGUGUGGAGAUAACAUCGUUAGAGCCUUUUACGCCUUAUGACGUAUGGGUGUCUGCGUUCACUGCAGUGGGCAGCGGUCCUCCAAGUAGACCCGUGACGGUAACCACUGAUGAGGAUGUACCAUCACGCGCUCCUCGCCUUCUCAAAGUGCUUGCAAAGACUCCCAACUCGGUAUUCGUCAAAUGGGAAUUCAUACCACGGCACCACGUGAAAGGAAUACUCCAAGGCUACCGCGUGCACUACAGCCAGGUAGACACGAGUUAUCCAGUCAUAAAGAGCGUGAUUACUGUAAACGAAUCUGUGACGCAUGUCACUUUGGAGAAUAUGAAACCGCUGACUAGGUAUCGAGUAUGGAUCAUGGGAUUCACCAAAAAGGGCCCAGGACCCAGCAGUGAGAAGAUGUUUGUUUCUACUCCUCAAACAGUCCCAGAUAGUCCUCAGGGGGUCAAACUUAGUAUUGAAAGCCCUCAGAGUGUUCUUAUUACUUGGCGGUCUCACUCAAGCUUCACGAAAUUCGUCACCCGUUAUAUGGUAAAAUGGCUUCAUGUGGGUAGCGCCGCUGACUCCAGAAUGGACGGUCAUAAGAUCGUGAACGCGGGAAACCCGUACCAGAGAGAGACCCAAGUCGGGGGACUAAAACCCCAUAACAUGUACGCGUUUAUGGUGCGAGAGGAGGCUGGGCAGGACAAUUGGGGGGAAUUCUCUGAUCCUGUUGAUGUUAUUAUGCCAGAGGAUGCUCCCUCUCCGCCCCGCAGGAUUUCAGUGAAAUACAAAGAGAAAACUCGUUUAGUUCUUCAAUGGCGGAGACCGGAAGAAACAAAUGGUGUCCUCAGGAAAUACGAACUUCAUUUUACCGACGAUGACCAGGUCACUUAAACUUAUACUGUGGACACUGACGUCGAUAAGGAGUAUGUAACGUAUGAAAUGACUCUUCCUGACGUCGAGGCUGAGUACAAGAUUAAGGUCCAAGCGUAUAACUCAAAACAAGGACAAAUGAGUGACGAGAUUACUGUACUACAUUCACCCAGUGUUCAGACUUCAGAAGCUCGUGUACCAACUAAAGAGCCCAGCUUGUUCAAGUCUAAGUUAGUAUGGAUCAUAGCCGGAGUGGUUGGUUUUCUCUUCUUAUUGGUGGUAAUCACAACUAUUCUACUUCUCAGACGAGAUUCACGACGUUCAAAGAAACAAAGAGGAGACAUUACCAAACGUACCUUGUCCAUCGUAUCACAGACCGCUCGACCCAGGCGACCUGUUCCUGUGAAAGAGUUGGCAGAGCACUGUGCUCAUUUCCAUGACAACAACAACGCCUUAUUCAACGACGAAUUUAAGUGCCUUGAUCGGCUUGCUUGGAAAUCAACUUGGGAAGCGAGUCAGGUCCCACAUAACAGGACCAAAAAUCGCUACUGUAACGUAGUAGCAUAUGAUCAUAGUCGUGUCGUGCUCACAGCCAAGAGAGAUAUACCCGGAUCAGACUACAUUAACGCUAACUACGUUGAUGGAUACAGUUUUCCAGCCAAGUAUAUCGCGACGCAAGGUCCUCUUGAGUCAACAGUGAACGACUUUUGGCGAAUGGUGUGGGAGAAGAAUGUAAAAACUAUAGUUAUGAUAGAAAUGCAGGGACGAGACGAGGAUCCAGCAAGUGAGAGGUACUGGAACGAGGCUGAACCGAAAGAGUAUGGUCACGUGGCUGUAUCACUUCUCAGCAGUAUCGUUAUGUCAGACUGGACUAUCAGGGAUUUUAUGCUUUGGUCAACAGAUCCCGACAGUGUAGACAAGCGAGAGGUAGUUCAGUAUCACUUUACAUCGUGGCCCGAUCACUCAGUCCCGCGGGACACCAUUCCUUUCUUAAUGUUCCAUCACAAGUUAAAGACAACUCUGGUUGCUGACCCUGGGCCUGUUAUCAUUCACUGCAGUGCUGGUGUCGGACGCACGGGAUCCUUCAUUGCAAUAGACUCGCUGAUGGAGCAAAUGGAAACUGAGAAGGUGGUAGACGUGUAUGGCUUUGUCGCACAGAUGAGAAAACAACGAAACUACAUGGUCCAGACUGAAGAGCAGUAUCGUUUUAUCUACGAUGUCCUUAAAGACGCAGCCAUCUGUGGUGUGACUACAAUCACAUCAAGUGAAUUUGGAAGCGAUCUUCUUUGCGUCACGGGAGAUGAACCCGAGAUUAUCGAGCAAAGGACUCGUGAGUUUGAGAACCUUCAAGACUAUUCCUCUCAGGAAGCAUCAUUCAGAGAAGCGUUAUUUCGAGAAAACGCAUUGAAAAACCGUUCGCCAGAGUUGUUGCCAUUUAACCACAACAGAGUUUGCCUAAAGCCUUUUGCAGACGACCCUUGUUCAGACUACAUCAACGCCACCUUCAUUGAUAGCUAUAACGAAGGCGCCGCAUACAUCGCCACUCAAGGGCCCAUGCCAAGCACUGUCAAUGACUUUUGGCGUAUGCUGUGGGAACAGCGGUCAACCGUAGUGGUCAUGCUCACUGAUCUCCGGGAAAAUGGAGUGGAACAGUGUUAUCGCUACUGGCCCGAAGAGGAAGAAGGUUGUGCCAAAUAUGGAAACAUUCGGGUGACGAAGAUUGACGAGGAGGUUCUCGAGGAUCACACUCAAAGGGUCUUUAAAGUGCGGCGUCACGGAGGCGACGACAGUCUCGUGGUGUAUCACUUUCAAUGCCACGGCUGGAAGGAGAAUGGGUUGACUCGGGCCGAGAGCCUCGUGUACCUACAGCACCAGGUUCACAAGGUGGAGCCUGGGGAGUAUCACGACGGACCUAUCAUUGUUCACUGCAGUAAUGGCGAUGGUCGCACUGGAGUAUUUCUCACCCUAUGUUUGAGUAUCGAUAAACUGGAAACUGAUGAUACUGUGGACAUAUUCAAUACCGUCCGAUGGCUUAGGUCGCAAAGAGCAGGACUAGUAUCUAACUUGGAGCAGUUCAACUUCUGUUACGAGCUAAUGAAGAGUUACAUGGCCUGGAGAACUAGAGCAACCAUCAAGAAUGAUUACGUCUGAAGACAAUCUUCCUUUGGAAGAGACAAUGCUCUCUUGACCCAGUGAACCGAUGUAGCUCAGCAAUGUUGCUUGUAUCAUUACCAUAACAUGCAUACUUAAUAGACUAUGAAGUUGCCAAAUAGUUAGAAAGCAAAAGGUGAAAUUAGCAUUGUCAAUAUUUUUGAGUGGUGCACAGUUUUGUUAAUGCAAAAUUCUAUUGCUUUCUGUAAGUUUGUGCGCAUAUUAGCCAGACGUCAUACACGCACGCACGCAUGCAUGCGCGAGUGAGGGGGAGCACUUUUACCCGCGUGUCUGUCUUUCACGCGUGUAUUAUUCGCGUUCUCCCUCAAAGCCUGUCCUGUCAGCUGGUCAUUGUGUACAACACUAGAAGACUUCGUACCAUUUUUAGCUUUAUCUUCUGGAGUGCUAAAUUUAGUCUUGCAUCUGUUUGGUUUAGAGGGUGGUGGGUGUAUCCUAGAACCUAUCACAGAGCUAAGUGAGCAAAACAGACCCAAUCGCGGAUUUGACACUUACUAAAAAAUCUGUUGGUAUACCUUUUUUGCCGUGACAGCAACGUUUUGCGCUUGGGCAUGUCACGCAAUGUACUCCUAUCCGUUGAAAAUAAUUUUUUUCCAAGUCUAAAGUUUUUGCCUUUAAAAGAUUGAUAAGGUAGCAGUGUUAUAAAACAAACCGUUGCAGAAAAAAAUCUCGGGUGUUAAAUGCUUCAUAUCUUAUGAGUAAAAUUGAGUUUUUUGCUUCGUAAGAGCAACAUGACUGUCCUGAUGAAAGAGGACAUUUUGUUUCGUUUGCGUUAAAGUUGUACAAGAUAAAAGCUAUUUUGGGUUUUAGCUCGUUAUGCCAUUGAUAUAUUACAGACGCUAAGAUACAUUUUAAAAAUAAACUUUAAGUUUACGUUAA